AUGUCAUUUGCGCUGCUUGGGACUCUUGCCUGGGGUGUCAUGCAGUGCAUUGCGGAAAUGCUUUGCAUCUGGCCGAUCUCUGGAGCUCUGAGCGCUUAUGUCACCGAGUUUGUCGAUGUUGAACUAGGUAUAGCAGUCGGCGUCGCAUAUUGGUUCACGUACGCGAUUUCAUUCGCAGCUCUUGUCGCUGCAACUGCAGGCAUCGCAGACUUCUGGGACACGCCUAAGGGUAUACAAGGAGGUGUUUUGUUCUUCCUCGUUCCCGCUGUCCUGGUAGUUAUCAAUGCUUUCGGCAUCGAGUUGUACGGUCUGAUAGAGGUCAUCGCCGGCUCCCUCAAACUCUCCUUCCUGGCUGUCAUCAUCAUCGUCAUGAUCGCGAUCAACCAAGGCGCUGGACCAGGAUCAAAGAUCGGCACGUCAAAAUAUCCCGAUACUGUUCUCGUACGGGACGAGGACGUCACCAACAGCUGGGCCCAGGCAUUGUUCAUGAGUCUCUCUAUCGCCGCUUUCGCCUUCGUUGGUGUUGAGACCACCGCUGCUUCUGCGCUAGAAGCUCGUGUCACAGAGGAACGAAGCCCAACUCAAUCGCGAGCCAUCGGAAAAACAGUCAAGUUCUCCGCUGUCUACAUCUCCUUCCUCGCGGGGAUCAUGUAUGUGGUUGCCGGCGUACUCGUGACGUUGAACAUCAAUUGGGAAGAUCCUAAACUUCCACGCAUGAGUUGGGUCAGGCCCAAGUCUUCGGACGGCGGCCCCGAAACAAUUGGGACAACGAGUUCUGCCUUUGUGCUCGUAGCCGAAGCCAGUCGCAUUCCUGGGCUAGCUGGCACUUUGAACGUUUUUCUGAUGUUCACGGCAUUAUCAUGCGCCAACACGAAUCUGUAUGUCGCCUCACGCACACUAUUUAGUCUGACGAGAGGUCUGGACGGAGGCCGUGGGCGCCCCUGGUAUACGCGGAUCCUCGCGUACUUUGGCAAAACAAACAACCGCAAAGUACCGCUGCGAGCUCUCGUGGCGUCAUGCAUCUUCGCAUGGAUUCCCUUCCUCUACCUUGCAAGCGCCCAUGGACCGGACACAAGUAUCGGUACUAUUCUCGACGUGCUUUCCGAGAUGGGAUCGGUCGGUGUGAUCAUCGUAUGGGCAUGCGAGUGUUGGGCAUACAUCCGAUUUUACGACUGGUAUAUUCGCACCGUAUAUGAUGAUAUGCCCAUCGAGAACAACCGCGAGGUACUCGAAAACGUCCCACUGAUUCGACGCUGGAAUCGCGGCACAAAUACCGUACCCGACGAUUUUCCUUAUCGCAGUCACGGCCAGCCCAUCACAGCUUACGCAUCGCUUUUCGCCUGUCUUUUCAUUCUUGUCGUCGCGAACGGAGCAGGCUUGUGGAAAGAAUUUCACAUCCAACCCUUCUUGUCCGCUUAUCUUGCUCCCAUAUGUUUCAUCGUGCUCUGGAUCUCUUUGAAAGUCUUGCGCAAAGGCCAAUGGCAUCUAGUUGAUCUGAACGGCGAAGAGUUGGUGCAGAAGAUGCGCAGACUGCAUGAGAUUCGAUGGCGGAGCGCGGAGAAUUCGGAUGGAGGGAAGAGGGGAGUGAAGAAUCUUUGGGGAAUUUUGUAG